ACAAGGGGGGAGCGCAGUGUACAGAGGAGGUGAACGCUCGUAGAGGCUCAGACUCACAGCCUCCUUUCUUGAAGAGUCACUGCGCUGACAGAGGAAAGAAAGGAGUGAAGAGAGGAACUCCUAGAAAACAGCAACUCUUGGAGAGAGCUGCGUGAGUACAGUUUUCAAAACAAAAGGUAGUGAUAGAGAAACAAGUAGACUUUUGCUGGUCUGGAAGAGAAAAUGAAUGUCAGCGAAGAAAACCUGCUCAAGUCCAUCAGCAACGACGCGCUCCUCGACCUGACGCAGCGCUACGGCCAAUCAGCCUUCGGGUUCGGACCGGGCCACGGCGCAGGGAGCCCCGGUCGGUUCCCGCUCACACCGGCCACCGACUUCCUCUCCGGGCAGACCGCGAAGUCCAACGAGAGCGGCGGGGAGCACACGAGCGACGACGAGGACGGCUUCGACUCGCUGGAGAGCCGGAAGAGAGGCUCAUCAUUUGGGGACGACAAGUCAGGGGGGCCCCUCGCCAAAAAGUCCAAGGAGCAGCGGUCCCUGCGGCUCAGCAUUAACGCCCGGGAGAGGAGGAGGAUGCAUGAUCUGAACGACGCGCUGGACGGCCUGCGCGCUGUUAUCCCCUACGCCCACAGCCCCUCGGUGAGAAAACUCUCCAAAAUAGCCACUCUCCUCCUGGCCAAGAACUAUAUCCUCAUGCAGGCGCAGGCUCUGGAGGAGAUGAGGCGGCUGGUGGCGUAUCUGAACCAGGGACAGACCAUAACUUCACCAAUCCCCACCGCCCUGGCGCCCUUUGGACAGGCUGCCGUCUACCCGUUCUCGGGCUCCGCACUCGCCACCUGUGCCGAAAAGUGCACCACUUAUUCCGGGACACCGUCGAGUCUCUUCAAACACUGUAACGACAAGCCUUGAUUUGGUUCAAUUCUCUUUUUUUCCUGAACUUUUACCUUUACUGCACCCAUGUCUCUCUCCCACUCUAGUUAUUUUUAAAUCAUUCUGUGAAAAAAAUAAAACUAGUCUAAUGCAUAAAAUAUGGUUAAGUAAUUAUACUGCAAUGUUUCAUCAGAUUUACAUAGAAUAAACACAUUGGGCCUUCUUAUAACAUGAAGUUGUCGCUCGUACUUUACACACACUGCAGGCCAUGUCCAAAAUAUGAGUUUGGGUAAAUUUAAAGUUAUCAGCUCUUAUUUGUAAUCUAUGCAACAUUCAACGACAUGAAAAGAAAUGCCAAGAAAUGCGACCUAAUCUCACUUUUAGAUUUAUUAAUCCAGCAAUUUUGAAAGGACUUCCCUGGACUGACUGCUCUGUGGAGGAACACAUGUGAUGUUGGCUGAUAUAUUUUCUGAGGCGAUGUGUUGACAAGUUUGUUUUUUGAUUUUUUUUUUAAGUUAUUGCACAUCUCACAUGAUUGUAUUGUACAUCUGUGAAAAAAAUCACUUGCUCCAAGACCCGGCUAUACUAAUGGUUAUAUAAUUACAGCCUAUACAUUGAA